AUGGGAAACGCACCGACAGUGCCAUCAGAUUCGAAGGUUUUGGCCCGCGCCAAGCCAGGCUUCAAUCAAUUUCCGGAACAUUGGAUCAGUGGGUUAUAUAAUGAACAACAUGAUGGCCAUAAAAGCAGGGAUUUGGAUGUAAAAUACGAACAUUGUAAGCAAUUUACCAUUUUUUUAUGUUGCAAAGGAAGUUCUUGCCGUUUUUUGUUUUGUAAAGAAAGUUCUUGCCAUUUUCUGUUUGUAAAGAAAGUUCUUGCCAUUAUGUGCAACAUAUGUUGUUUUCAGCUUCAGAAUCCGAAGCAUCUCAAUCAGCGAUUAUAGUACAAUCAGUACCAGUCAAAAAUCAGUCUUUAACUAGUCAACAUCCAAAAAUCAGUCCAAAGGUGCCAUCGGUACCACGUGGCCAAGCCUCAGCAGAACAAUUUAAAACUGGCCCAGAAGUACCAUCAGUACCAAGCGGCAAAGCUGUAGCUGGACUAUCUAAAGCUAACAGAGAAGUACCACCAGUACCAAAUAGAGCAACAGCUGGACUAGUGGUCGAAGAAUGUUAUGAUCAGCCUUUCGCGUACGAAGCAGCAAUGUGCACUCCAGUCAUAGCACCAUGUGUCGCACCAGUACCAGUCGCCGCACCAUGUGUUUGUGGCUAUGGCUACGGAUGUGAUUGUGGCGAUGUUGUUGUAGUUGAGGAUAGAGGUCCUUGUUGUUGUUUGUGGAUUAAAUGUUAUAUACUGUAG